GGUGCGGACAUACGAGAUCUGCAUUUAAGCGCAGCGAACAGCAAGUAAAAUUGCACAGAUUUUGUAUAAGAAUAAUACAAUUCACUGAAGACUUCGCUCGUCGCGUGCUCCGAUAAAUAGUUGCGUAAUGCCAAGCGACAUUUUAAAAGACGGAUAGAUCUUUUACUACGAUUUGUAUUUUCAAGUAGUCUGUCGUACGCAGUGCGUGUAGUAUUCACCGUAUUCACGUACGCAACUGCAGCUGAUGCUGCUGCUGACACAUGUCAUACUACGACGACGUUCAGUAUACUCGUCGAUGCGUAUACGAUGCGUAUUACGAAAAUACGAAAUGGAGACAUCGUAAAGAGAUUACGAAGCGAAAUGUGUUAACAUUAUAAAACUGUAUUAUUAACGAAUCUGCAUGUCUGCCCUGACACGUCACACCUGACGCGAAUAAACGAAUUUUGUAGAAUCUUCGUAUCGGUCAGCACGUCAUAAAUGCAAAUUGUUGCACGAAACAAUGGACACUUGGUCCGAUUCAUUUAAAGGGGAAUUAGACUCUGUUACGUCAACGACGACGACCACAGAUUCCCUGCAUUUAGAUGAACAGUUUCACAUGAAGCAUUCGUCGACACCCGACGGCGGCGUUUCAAACACGGAAUUGUCGAAACGCGUGGCAUUGUUAGAAUUAGAGAACGAACGACUCAGGAUGGAUUUGGAGAACACGCGUAUCGAGUUGAACGCAAGGAUCGCAGCCAACGAAGGUCUGAAAGGGAAGAUAACGGAACUGUACGUGGAGAUGCAAGUAGUAGUUCAACAGAAGCAAAAGUUGCAGAACACGUUGACGGACGUGACGAAUCGUUUGGGUGCAGCGGAGGCAUCUGCGAAAUGGUACCAAUCACAAGUAUACGGUUUGCAGGCGAGCAGGAAGACUUUACAAUUAGAAAUCGACACUUAUCAAGGGAUCCUACACCAGAGGCAACAAACGAUAGCGAGUAUAAACUCGAGGUAUAAACAAUUGAACGCGGAUUACAUGGAACUCGUACAGGACCGUCAAAAGGAGAAGCACAGCUUGGAACGCGAGAACUCGAAGGCACAUCGAUUAAACGCAGGUAUUCCAGAAUUAUCGAGCAUCGGUACCAACGGCGGCGGCGGCGGCGGCGGCAGUACCAACACUUCAGCAGAUGAUAUCUCUACAAAGUUGGAAUCGACGGAGGACGAACUGAGAGGUACGAAAGCGGAAUUGAAAACAUUGGAAAAACGACUUUUGGGCCACGAAGUAUCCAAAGCAUCGAUGGAGAACGCGUUGGCUAAACAACGUGUAUUGAUAGAAAUCAUGGAAGGAAACAUGCAAAGAUGCGAGAGCGAAAAAAAUCAAACUGCCGACGCGUUGCGUAAGACGCAGCUCGACAUUAAAAAAUUGAAAUCGGAGAACGAUGCAUUGCAGACGACUCUGCUUUCUUCCAAACAGGAACAAAGUCAGAUAGAGAAUGCAACAUUCCAAUUGCAAAUCCAACUAACUGAAAUGAUUGCUCGGUACAAGCUUCUGAGAUCGAAAAAUGCAGAAGCAGAAACUAAACUGAGCUCGAUGCAAGACGUGAUAAUCGAGAACGGACGUUUGAAAACGUUAUCGUACGAAGCUAACACCGCUCUGAUCAGAAGACUACGGCAAGAGAAACGAAAAGUCAAAAGCUUGGAGAACAAGCUUCGCAACGUAGAACUCAAGCGGCACACAAGCAAUACGAGAAACCAGGCGGAGGUAUCGGAGUGUCUAAAACAGACGUUGACAAGAAACAAGGAUUCAAAAGGCCAAUCGAAGACACUCGUGAAGAAUUCGACGAGCGAAAGUGUCGUGGACGACGAAGGAUACGGUGACAAUAGUAUUACUAGUUCCAUCGCCUCCAUCGACGUUCCAUCGCCCAGAUCUCUCGACCCAGUAUUAGUGGAAACAGUUACCAACGUUCUGUCUCGAAGUAAGGAGUUUCCUAAACCGGUACAAGAGGAACUCGAUCACUUAAAAUUGAAGCUUAACAAGUUAAAAGAACGGUGGUGCACAGCAUACAGUAUUCAAUUAUCGUAUUAACUAUGUUUCAUUCCUUCUAAGUUAAAGUUGCGAAAACAAUUUAAAAUAAAUUAUAAGAGCGCGACAUGGACGAGAACUUGGCUGAAAUUCUUCGCUUUCUUCGAAAGAGAGAAUAAAAGUGAGAAACGACAGUGUAGAAAUAUUCGUACAUUUAUUUAAUACAGAAGAAUUAAAUCAGACGCGAAAUCGGAAGGUAGUUACAAUGAAAUAGAAACGGAAAAACAAGUCGCUGCUCCAAUCGUUAUUGUAUCCGGCGGACUAGAGAGAGAGAGAGAGAGAGAGAGAGACACUGUAACCAGUAUAAUACGAACACGAAGACUCGAUGUAAUUACAGAUCAGAAUUGUGCGAAAUCAUUGAGAACGAAUUUUGCAAGUUUCGAAAUAUUAGAUCGAAGCGUUUUCGAAACUAUCGUGUCGAUCGUGUCUGUCAGAGAUCAGAACUUGGCCAUCUAAACGAUAUACUCGUGCGUAUGGACGUGUCAAAAACAACCCGAUGAAUUUAUUAUUGCCACACGCUCGGGGAACGGACUUGGUUCCAACCAGUGGACACUAACGUAUCAACGAAUCAUUGCGAACCGGAACGAUUCAAUAUAUCUCAAAAAUCUUUCUUUAA